UUUUCAACUGUUUAUCGCCAAAUCAAUAUUCGAAUUAUCGUCGCCCAAAGAGAAUUAUGCAACUGCCUGCGGCAAGCCGUUGAGAAGAACAGAUUGAUCAACCGCCUAAGGUGUGAGAGCACAAAAAUGACCAGUAUUCACUCGGAGAGUAUUGCGGAAGUGCAUGAGAUGCCCCUGGCUGAAAUAAUCCGGCCAAUUCCGCCGAUUUUGGACGAAAAAAAGGUGGAAUCACUGAUGCGGACCAUCAUGAAUCCAGCCACAGCGCCUGAAGUGCCCCCCAUUGAUGUGCUUUGGAUAACUGGUCGAGAAGGGGGCAACUACUACUAUUCCUUUGGGGGUUGCCAUCGAUUCGAAGCCCACAAGCGGUUAAAAACUGAGCUUGUGAAGGCCAAACUAGUGAAAUCCACUAUCGACGACUUGAGGGUUUAUCUUGGAUCCAGCACGCCGGAGUUGAAAUAGUUCUGCAGGAUAUUAGACAUUAAACGCAAGUUUUCGUUUCAA